GAGGAGCAGCUUGAGCAGCCACGAAGAAGAAGUGGAGGACAUGCGCAUCAACACAGGAAUUCAUGGCGUUCAGUCAGUCUGAAUAAUAGUAAAGAUACUCAACUGUGUGAUAUUAGUAAUUUUAGCUGGACUCCAACACAUUGACUUCAGGUGCUUGGGAGGCGGUUUACUGACGGACUGUAAUUUAAAAUGGCGAACUCUGCCUGGUCAGAGAAAAUACUCGCUCUGCUCCGCCGAAUGAACAACUUUUAUUUACCAGGCUCCGGUCGUGCUGCCUGCUACAGGUUCGAGAUAGACGGGGCGCAGGUUGGCUGGAUUCCUCCUGACGUAGCUUCGCUGUUGACUCGGUAUCCGGAGGUGUUCAGUCCUCCGCAAGGUGGCGCUGUGUCUCUGUGUCGCAGUCUGGACUCGUACGGGAAGAGGUCUGAGGCUGUGGACGCUGUCCUGCAAACUCUCAGACAGGACAGCUCUCUGACCUGCCUGAGGGGGUGGAGAGAUGAGAAGUACAGUGUGAUGCCUAAAUUCUCCGACCCUCCUCUGAUGUGGAUGGAAAGAGCAGCUACCUGUCUGUUUGGGGUGAAGCGGUACGGAGUCCAUAUCAAUGGAUACACUGUCAGUGACAGUGGGGAAGUCAGCAUGUGGCUGGCACGACGCUCCCCACACAAGCAGACAUACCCCGGACUACUGGACAAUGUGGCAGCAGGUGGUCUGGCUGCUGGCGUUGGCAUCAAACACACUCUAGUAAAAGAAUGUCAGGAGGAAGCAUGUAUCCCAGCAGCCAUUGCUGAGAAGGCUCAUCCUGUAACCACAGUAAGCUACACCUACGAGGAUGAGGAGGGGGUGUUCGCUGAAAGUCAGUUUGUCUUUGACUUGGAGCUUCCUCUCGAGUUCAAGCCCAAAGUGGGGGAUGGAGAGGUGCAGGAUUUCUACCUGCUGCCUAUUGAUAAGGUGAAGGAGUUGCUGUCCACCGAUGACUUCAAACCCAACUCUGCCAUGGUGGUCCUGGACUUCCUCAUUAGACAUUCGUUUAUUGAGCCUGACACAGAGCCAUGCUAUCAGGAAUUUGUGGCCGGACUCCAUCAGACAUUAGAGUGAAGCUGAGGACUGAGCCUGUUGACACCCUGUGCUGCUUUAUAUUGUUUACAUUUUUCCCAGCACAUCACCUCACAGGAGCCAACCUUAGUGCUGCUGACUGAACCUGGUAACUGGAAGACAAGACAGGGACCUGAGGGGAGCGGUUCACAUGAUGAUGGCUGAUCUGAGUGAUGGAUGCUGUCGUGCAAAAUUCUGCUUGGACAGUUUAGACACUGGACUGUCUACACUGUCCAGUUGUCGACUCUCUGAAGAUGUGUCAAAAUAUUUUAAACUAUGAACAGAAUUAGUCCUGUGUACAGGUGCAGAGUCAGUCAUAAUAACUCCUGUAACUGUAAGACAAGAUAUGGUUUAAAUUAUAAAGUAUCAGCUCAAAUGAACAUAUAAACUCUUGCUGCUGAAUGAAACUCCUCUGCUGAACAUUUAGACAUUCAGUCAGAUCCCUCAAGGCAAGUUUGGAUUGCAGGAGUACCUGAACACAAUUAAUCAGUGUUCAAGUCUAAGAAUUUUACUAUUUGAAUUAAUUUUGUGCUUUGUUUAGUUGCUGAGUUAAAACAUACAGAGACUUAAGAAAGAAAGCCUUUGAGCGUUGACACCACUGGCAGAAUGGCAGAACCUCCCAUGUUAUUUCAACUGUCUAUUAUGUUUUGUUUUCUAAGUCACUGUGUUUUCCAUGUCACUCCUUGUUUGUCAUGUUAUUUCACCAAUUAAAAUAAUAAGGCACCAGUGGCAGGACAUGGUCGUUCUGUUACAGUUUAUUUCCUUUAGAAUACAUUAAAAAAGACAAGUGGAGAAAUGUGAGGAUACAUUUGUGUACAAAAGAAUCUUCCUCUUACAAAGAACCAAUCAUCAAGGAGUCGCUUGCAUCUUGUAUUUCAUAAUCUGACAUCAUAAUUUUUAUAAGUGUUUACCACACUGACCUUUUGUUUUUAGUUGUGUGCAAAUAAUACAAGGUAAGCCAGUAGAAUAUCACAAAGUUAACAUAACAUAGAAUAGAGUACAAAGCAAAAGAAGAACAGUUGUAGACAUGAGUGAACUGAGAGGAAACAAAACUCGACAGUAACAUCCUGGCAGGUAUGCAGGUGUAUAUAGGUGUAUACAGGUAUAUCCUGGUCUAUCAUGAAUUCUCAAACUAAGUCUGUUACUUAAAUAAUGGGAGAGUGUUUAACAUUUGCAGAAUAAAUCACAACUGAGAGGGGGAGGAGUCACUUGUAUUAUGAUGUCAUUAACACAGAAUCACUACAUUGUUCCUCCGAGUAGAAAUACUGUUUUCAGUCACUUCCACGCUGCAUUUAUUUAGGCUGGACAGGAACAGCAGGGCCAGCCAAUAAUUACUGACUGACUGACUGAUCAUAGUUCCACCAUUAGUCAGCUGAAUGCCACAUGACUGAGUUGGAGUUUCCUAGUUGGCCACUGCUUUUUCAAAAUGAUUUGGUGCAAACAGUUUCUGUUAGGGGGCGUUCACAGCCUGAAGUGUUACCAACAUUCCUGCAAAUGUUUCAAAUUAAAAGCCUGCUGCUAACAAGGAAGUGUAUCU